AUUCAACAAGAACCAAACCAUUCCUACAUACAUCAUGAACUGCUUGGCCUUCGUAGCUUUCUUCGCCGCUUUGGCCGCCACCUACGCUGCUCCCUCAGGAACCAUAGUUCAGGGACCAGCUGUUGUGUCUACCUACGGUGCUGCAUAUCCCGGAUACUCAGCCUACUCUCACCCAGUAGUGUCUGCUUACUCAGCUUACUCAUCACCUGUUGUGUCCAGCUACUCUCACCCAGUUGUUUCUGCUUACUCUGCUCCAGUUGUAUCCGCUUACUCUCAUCCAGUAGUGUCUGCUUAUUCUUCCCCAGUUGUAGCUGGUGGUCUUGUUGGACACAAUUCAGUUGAUACCGUUAUAGCUGGACCAUCUGGCACCAUCGCUACCAGCAGACAUGUACCUAGCCUAGUUGGCGCUCAUGGUUUAUACUACUAGAUAUAAUUUUUUUGGAUUGUUGAAUGAUGACGAAUUAGUAA